AUGGAGCGGACAACGAGCAAGGAGCUCGCCCUGGCGCCGCUGCAGGACUGGGGCGAGGAGACCGAGGACGGCGCGGUGUACAGUGUCUCCCUGCGGCGGCAGCGCAGUCAGCGCUUGAGUCCGGGAGCUGGGCCUCGGGGCCCCCAGGCCCCCAGCCCCGGUGCCGACGCCUUCCUCCAUUACCGCACCAGCAAGGUGCGGGCGCUGAGGGCAGCGCGGCUGGAGCGGCUGGUGCGGGAGUUGGUGUCUGGAGACCGCGAGCAGGACCCAGGCUUCGUGCCUGCCUUCCUGGCCACCCACCGGGCCUUCGUGCCCACUGCCCGCGUGCUGGGCCUUCUCCUGCCACCGCCGCCGCCGCCCCUGCCGCCGGGGGUAGAGAUCAAGAAGACAGAGGGAAGAGAUCUGACCUUCAACAAGAACCUGAGGGCUGUGGUGUCAGUGCUGGGCUCCUGGCUGCGGGACUACCCUCAGGAUUUCUGGGACCCCCCUGCCCACUCGGACCUAGGCAGUGUUUGCACCUUUCUGGGCUGGGCAGCCCCAUCAGGGGCUGAGGCCCGGGAGGCAGAAAAGCUGCUGGGAGAUUUCCUGAAGGAUGCUGAGCCACAGCAGGAAGAAGAGGAGCAGUCCCAGACAUGGGCAG